AUGUUGGAGUUGGAGAAAUUUUCAUCAUUAAAUAUGAAUGAUGGUAGAGAUCAUAAAGCCAUCGAUAUAAUAACGGUAUUAUUAAUUGGAAGUACAGGAAGUGGAAAAUCAACCUUAGCAAAUGUAAUCAGCGGUUCAGAUGAUUUUGAUGUAGGUUAUCACUCAGUUGGCUCGAUCAAAGAUGCUAGUGUUCAUCAUUAUGUGAUUGAUGGAAAAUUGUACAAAAUAAUUGACACCGUGGGAAUUGGAGACACUAGAAUGUCAUCAAAAGACAUACUAACUAAAUUAGCCAUCGCUGCUGAAGUUACUAAAUAUGAGAUUAAUCAGAUUUUAUUUGUUAGUAAUGGAAGAUUUACCGAUAUAGGAAUAGAUGCAUUUGAAACGUUAGAAUCAGUCGUUUUUGAUAAAAGUAUUAUUGAGUAUACUACUAUUGUUAGGACGAAUUUUCCUGAUUUCAAAGAUGAUGCUGAAUGUGAAAAAGAUUAUCAAGCUAUGAUUUCUAAAAAUGAUAAACUUUCUCUAUUUGUUAAAACAUGCAAAAAUGUUAUUCAUAUAGAUAACCCACCAAUAACAAAGCAUACUAAACAAUUUGCAGAAGAGAUCAAAGAAGAAUCAAGGAAAAAAUUAUUAAAUUACUUGAAGACUUGCACAAAAGUUUAUGUGCCAGAAAAGUUACAAGAAAUGAUGGCUACAAAAAUAGGAGAUUAUAUGACGCAUAAAGAAAGUUUACAGAAAGGAAUAAGCUGGAAGAUGGAUGACGAUGAAAAAAUUAAGAAAUUACGAGAGGACGGUUGCAUUAUUUCAUGA